AUGAGGCGGAUCUAUGCAGCAUGGACGCUAGUUGCAGCGGCUGGUGUGAUGGACUGCUCCCCACGAUUGGAGAAGGCUGCCGCCUUUACACUCGGGCCAGAUAGCCAGGUGAUAGUAUUCCCGUUUAUGUUCCAGGGAUACAAUAUUGCUGUGCUACCGACAACGAAGUACGGCGACUUGAAGGGAAAUGCCAGGAGACGUGUUGCAUCCUUUUUAGAACACAAUAUUUCUCACGCGGUGUGGUAUUUUGUGGUUGGCGGGAUAGCAUACAAGGAUGAUCGAUCUGAGAGGCUGUUUAGUGAAAUGAUGGACGGGUACUUGAAGAAGAUAUCUGCAGGUGCAUCAAAGGUGUACAAGGGAGGCCGCAAGAUGUUUAGCGAGUCGUUGGAAACAGUGCAUGAAAUGAUAUUUGAAUGCAACAAAGCGGGAGAUGGUCAUGUAGUGAAGUAUGGAAAAAGUAUCAUAAACAGACUUAGCGACAUGAUAGAAAAUGCACUUGGUGAAGUGUCUGCAGAAGAGAAAAGGAAGUAUCGAAGGUUUUGGAGUAGGGUUAAGGAACGCGCAGGGUUUCUUUAUAGUACGGAAAGAUUGAGGCGGGUAGUUGAGGCAGAGAAGAUAGUGUGCAAUGCAUGCAAGGAGAUCUGCCUUGAGUUGGAAGAGGAGGAGCUGAUGGGGCUGUUGGCAGAGGGAAGCGUGAGAAAGGCUUUGAAGGCAAAGGUUGAUGAAGAUGAGAUUAGCCGCGGUCUAUACUUAGAAUGUACUGUUGUUAACACUAGUCUGUUAUUAGAUGCACACAGAGAGCAUGGAGGAGAUGUUACAAGGGAGUUAGUCAAGCAGAUGCUGCUGGGGAAGAAGGGAGAGGAGAUAGACAGGAGAUAUAUCAACAAGGUUGCGAAUGUAGUCAAGGAAAGGCAGAGAAGUGAGAUGGAGAAGAGGGAUCGGGAGCAGGAUCCGGAGAGGAGAAGACUAAGAGCAAGAAGAGUGGGGAGUCUCUGA